CCCCGACUGCGCGUCCGGAGUUGGCGCAGUUACAUGACGUCAGGCGUCACCGCCGAAGCCGCCUACGUGCAGCUGCCAUCCCUGCCUCUGGGAGUUGAAGUUUCCGAAGGAGGCCUCGUGAGGGUACCAAGACCACUUUAGAAGGCCUUCCUGCGCGUGCUCUCAGGUUCCCCGGACAUCCCUCGGCUUGAGGCAUCAAAUAAUGUCAUCUGAAAUGGUGCCAGCAAUUAUUGAGACUUCUAAUGUUGAAAGAAAGCAAGACUUAAGUGAAGAUCAAGAGGAAAGUCAAAAGCCAAGAUUAGAUGAAGAGUUUGAACCAAUAUCUAAACGACAAAUGAAAAAGUUAAUAAAACAGAAACAAUGGGAAGAACAACGAGAACUCCGCAAACAAAAGAGGAAGGAAAAACGCAAGAGAAAACAAUUGGAGCGGCAGUGUCAACUGGAAUCAAACUCAGAUGGAAAUGAUAGAAAACGUAUUCGAAGAGACGUUGUUCAUAGCACACUUCGCCUUAUCAUUGACUGUAGUUUUGACAGUUUGAUGGUAUUAAAGGACAUUAAGAAACUUCAUAAGCAGAUUCAACGAUGUUAUGCAGAAAAUCGACGAGCACUGCAUCCUGUGCAGUUUUACUUGACAAGCCAUGGAGGCCAGUUGAAAAAGAACAUGGAUGAAAAUGACAAAGGAUGGGUCAACUGGAAGGAUAUCCACAUUAAACCAGAACACUAUAUUGAAUUCAUAAAGAAAGAAGAUCUGAUUUAUCUUACAUCAGAUUCACCUAAUGUACUGAAGGAAUUAGAUGAAUCAAAGGCUUACGUGAUUGGAGGAUUAGUAGAUCACAACCAUCAAAAGGGACUCACAUAUAAACAAGCAUCAGAUCAUGGAAUUGAUCAUGCACAGCUACCCCUUGGAAAUUUUGUGAAGAUGAAUAGUAGAAAAGUUUUGGCAAUUAAUCAUGUGUUUGAGAUUAUUCUGGAAUACCUGGAAACAAGAGACUGGCAAGAAGCAUUUUUUACUGUCUUACCUCAAAGGAAAGGAGCUGUUCCCACAGACAAAACCUGUGAAAGUUCUUUGCGUGACAAGACGUCUGCUAGGGUUGAAGAUGGAUUGGACAGUGAUUCCAGUGAGGAAGAAACUAGCAGAAAUGAACUAGAUUCACCACAUGAAGAAGAAAAGCAGGAUAAAGAAAAUAGCACUGAAUCUACAGUGCACUCUACACCAUAGGAAUGUCAUCUGGGUGUUUUUGUGUGUGUGCAUUUUUUUUUUUCUGGCUAAGGAAAAACUAGGAGAAAAUGAGGUGCUUCAUAGAAUAUUCCAAUUGGAAGAAAAUUUUAUUUUUUGUUAUUUCUGUUGUGAAUAUUAUAGAGUGGAUAAACUUAUAGAGUGGAUACAAAGUCCUUGUAAGAAAGUACUUUUUGUUUUUGCGUAAGAUUUUAAAAAGAUAUAAUUUUUAAAAAUAGCUUUCUAAGCCUCAAAUAAAUUUUUUUGAGGAUUUUACUUUAAUAAUAAAUCUUCAUUCUGUUAUUUACUGGGUUGUAUUAUUCAGAAUGUGCCUUCUGAUCCUUUAGUUUUAUUAUUUUACGUUUAUAUCAAUAUCUUUCUGAUUUAUGCCUAUUUGUGGAAGCAGAUAUUCACAAAUUUCCUGUAAGUGCGCCAUUUUCAGUAUGGGAAAUGUAUUUGCAACUUUUAUAUUCAAUUUAAUAACUUCAAGGGAAUAUUGUGAUUUUAGGAAAAAGUAUCCAAUCGAUAUACUCUACAAUUUAUUUCUUUUGUACUAUGGACUUGUCUCUAUUUCUGCCUCUUGGUGGUUCUAAUGUAAUCCCUGAAGAAUUAAUCUAAUAUAUUUUUAUUUUAUUUUUAAUAUAUUUUUUAAUUCAAACAAUUGUGGUAAAUUAUUUCAAUUACAAACUUAAUUUUUCAGGCUAGUCUAUAUUAAAAGGCCAUUGAAGGAUCAAUUUUAUCUUAAAAAGAAAUAGCUCUCAGCAGCUAUCUUUUCGUUCCAUAUAAACUUUUUAAAGUUUUUUUGAAAAUCAGUUGAUUUUUAAAGUAAAUAAAUUUAUAUAUGCAUCUGCCUACUAUCAUAAGCAAGCUAAUGUAAAUAUAUAUUUCUGUAACUAAUGUAAGCAUGUAUGAAAAUAUUCAUAUGCUGUAUGUACAUGUUUGUCCACAUCAUGUAUGAUUCUUAUUUAACGAUAAACAGGAUUGAGUUGCCAUA